AUGUCGUCCAUCGACAAGCUCUCCAUCAUGGGAGUGCGUUCCUUCGACAAUCAAGUCCGAGAAACCAUCCAGUUCUACUCUCCCUUGACCCUCAUUGUCGGGCACAACGGGUCCGGAAAGACGACAAUCAUCGAGUGUUUGAAGUAUGCGACUACUGGUGACCUUCCGCCAAAUGCUACGAAAGGAGGUGCCUUCAUUCACGACCCAAAGAUGUGUGGAGAGAAGGAAGUCAUGGCACAGGUCAAGUUGGGGUUUUACAAUACAGCCAAUGUCCGGAUGAUUUGUACCAGAAGUUUGCAAUUGACUGUCAAGAAGACUACCAGGGCUCAGAAGACGCUGGACGGACAGCUGGUGGUUAUGAAGAACGGUGAACGUGCUACACUGUCAACGCGGUGCGCGGACUUGGACGCCCAAAUGCCCAUUUCGCUGGGUGUGUCGAAGGCGGUUUUGGAAAACGUCAUUUUCUGUCAUCAGGAAGAAUCCAAUUGGCCGCUGAGUGAGCCGAGUGUACUCAAGAAGAAGUUUGAUGAUAUCUUUGAGGCUGUCAAGUACACCAAGGCUCUCGACCAGAUCAAGACACUCCGCAAAGACCAGGCCGUGCAAAUUAAGAUCGACCAGAACACACUCGAACACCUAAAGAGCGAUAAAGAAAGAUCAGACAAAAUCAAAGCGCAAUCCGACGCUAUCCUGGAGAAUGUCAGUCAAAGUCAGGAACGCAUUGAGCAGCUCGAUGCCCAAUUGAAGGAGUUGACGGCAGAGCAAGACGAACUGUUCGACUCCAAUCAGGCCUUUCAACAAAUCAUCGCUGAUCUUCAGCAAUCACGGCAACAGUACGCUUUGAUGGAGGAUCAACUCCACGAGUUGAAAAAGGACUUGACAGAGUAUGAAGAGUCUGACGAGCAGUUGCAGGAUAUGCAGGCGAACUUUGCGUCGAGGAUGCAGGCCGCGGAGGGGAAUGUCCAUGUCCUAAGCGAACAGAGAGCUGAUCUGGAGCACAGGAUGGCUGAGCUGCGGCACGAGCUGAACGCAAAGCUGUCCGAACUUGGUCGGAUCAACGCGCAAAGCGAGUCACACGCACACAACCUCCAAAAGCGCUCGGACUUGAUCAAGGAUAUCUCGCGACGGCACAAUUACCGCGGGUAUGAUAUGCCAGGAGCGUUGGACGAGUCACAUAUUGAGGAAUUUACUGCACGAUUGCAAAGGAGUACACGCGAGCAAACUGCGGCACUUGAACGCAUCAAGCGCGAAGGGCGUGAGAAAGAGCAGGAAGCGAACGCAGAACUGCAAGAACUCAUUAAUACACAAUCAAGCGCUGAACAAGCUAAGAACGGCGCGAAGAACCAGAUUCGGUCGUUGGAGAAUGCUGCUACGGAUUUUGUUCGCCAGUUGGAAGAUAUGAGAGUUGAUGAGGGUGAUGUCGCUAUGUUGGAGAGUACGAGGAAGGAUGCGGAGGCUGCAUACCAAGCUGCGAAGGAUGAUGUCGAGCGUACCAACUGGGAUACUAAGAUCGAGGAGAAGCAGCGCGAGGCGCGGAAGGUUGAGGAGAAGAUUGAUCGCGUUAAUAAGGAGUUGUCUGCGGGUCAUGCGCAGUCAAGUCUUCGUGCGAAGUUGGAGCUUGCGAAGAAUGAUGCUGCUAAGAAGCGCGAAGGGCUAACUACGAUUAUUGCGGCCAAUAGUAAGCGAUUCAAGGAGUUGGUGGCGCGUGAUCUGAAUCAGCGAACGGCUGAAGUUGAAAUCCGUGAGGUGUUGGGGCAGAAGAACAAUGAUCUGGAGGACGCGGAGCAUCUCUUUGAUGGCUCUAGCAAAGAGCUCUCGCAGGUCGAGACAAAGCUGUCUAUUGCGAAGGAUCAAUUGAAGGCGAAGAAGCUGGAGAGGACGGAUGCGGAGAAAGCGGUUUUGCAGGUCUGCAACUCAGUUGAGGAUUUGCCGACGGAAAUUCAACAGACAGAGAAGGCCGUAGCGGACACUUCUGGAGCCCUGAAGAGUCUCGAAUUUGCUACGUCAUUCUUUCAGCGAUCCAUUGAUGACGCCGAAGAACAGCAUUGGUGCCGGCUUUGUUGUCGCGGUAUUGGCGAAGAUGAACAGGAUGCUGUACUGGAUGCCAUGCGUCAGGCGCUUGGAAAAAUCCCUCAGAAAGCCGCAGAGACUGAACAGCAGCUGGAAGACUUGAAGAGGGAUAUGCAAAAUCUGCGGGACGCGCAGCCGUAUUAUGAGCGGUUUAUGCGCUUACAGAGUGAGGAUAUUCCAAAGCUAGAGGAAGAAGUCAAGAAGUUGAACGACCGCGUGCGUACGUUGGCGGAAAGAACGGAGGGGCAUCAGAGGUCUGUCGAUGACAUCAAGAAUGCUAUCAAAGAUAUCGAUGCUCUGAAGCGUCCUGCGGGUGAUAUGACGAGGUACGAUAAAGACAUCAAGGAUAUCGAGACGAAUAUCAGGACGUUCGAAAGUCAGCUACGUGAAACGGGCGGUACGAGGACCAUCGAGGAGAUGCAGGCGGAGCUAGCGGAGCUGAAUGAUGAAGCUAAGGCAAUUAAGAAGCAGAUUGACAACUUCUCGGCCGAGAAAGACAAGUUGAGACAAAGUGUCUUCAACUUGCAUCAGCAAGUUCGUGACGCUGAGCGCGACGUGGUGGAGGCUCAGCAUAAGUUGCAGCAAAAGCAGCAGUUGCAAAGACGCGUUGAUGAGAAUGGCGCCCAGGCAAGGAGGUUGCAGGACGAUAUUGCAACUGCGGAUGAGACGAUCAGAGGGAUGCAGCCGAGGAUUGCCGAGGCGAAGGAGACCUUGCGACAUGUUCGCGAGGCUGAGCAGGAGCAAGAAUCUUCCGCUUCGAGAGAGGCAGGCAAGCUGCAGCAGAGUUUGAACCAGCUGAACGAUGUCUCCGCAGAGAUUGAAUCAUACAUCUCGCGCGGUGGACCUGAUGCGCAGCAGAGAUGCCAGGCGGAUGUUGAAGAUUUGGAAAACGCGUCUAACGAUCUGAGUGUCCAAAUAGCCGAAAUCGCCGAGAAGGUGGAUAAUCUCAAAGGCAAACUUGCGGAGACGAAGACGUAUGAAAGGAACAUCUCAGAUAACCUCCGGGCGAGGAAAAUGGAGAGGGAUCUUCGGGCACUCACUGAAAAGAUCUAUGACCUUGAAUCGAAAAAUGCGGAGCAAGAUCGCGAUAGGUACCAAGAGCAGGUCAGAAGGUUGAAGAUCCGGUAUGACAAGUUGUUCGCUGAGCGCGCUGGAUUGACGGGUGAAGUGAAGCAGCUUGACGACCAAUUGAAGCGCUACCAGCGCGAACUCGACUUGGAGUACAAGGAUGCCCAUGAGAACUACCGUAAGCAACAUAUCAAGGUCAAGACGAUGACCGCGGCGAAUGAAGAUCUUGCAAAGUAUGGGAAAGCACUUGACACAGCAAUCAUGAAGUACCACAGUCUCAAGAUGGAGGAGAUCAACCGCAUCAUUGACGAGCUGUGGAAGAAGACGUAUGCCGGUACUGAUGUUGACACCAUCAUCAUCCGUUCUGAAUCAGAGUCCGCGACAUCAAAGGCAUCCACCGCCCGUUCUUCUUACAACUACCGUGUGUGCAUGGUAAAGCAAGAUGCUGAGCUGGAUAUGCGUGGGCGUUGCAGUGCUGGCCAAAAGGUGUUGGCAAGUAUCAUCAUCCGUCUGGCGCUUGCGGAGUGUUUCGGCAUCAACUGUGGUAUCCUGGCCUUGGAUGAACCGACCACUAAUCUCGACAGAGAGAACAUUCUGUCUUUGGCCAGAAGUCUGUCGGGGAUCAUCAAGGCUCGCCGUGCUCAGCGAAACUUCCAGCUCAUUGUCAUCACGCAUGACGAAGAGUUCUUGAACAUGAUGGGUUGUUCGGAUUACACCGACUACUACUACAGGAUUUCGAGGAAUGAACAUCAGAAAUCUGUUAUUGAGCGGCAGAGAAUCACAGAUGCAUCUAUAGGAUUUUGGGAUUUCAUUUGCUAUUUCCUUGCAUUCUACCGCUACAUGUUAACUCUGUCCGCCUGUUCUCGAGUGCAAUUACCGUCCACAUGGGACAGCAUGCGUCCUGUCAUGUGCUCCGCAGGAGCCGGGCCUGCUGCCCAAUGCCGAUUGCUUCCCUGCGAUCCAGGUAGACAUUCCAUAACUAUUAUUCAUAUGGAGUCCCUAACCGAGACACCGUUUCCCACUGCUCCUGCUCCGUGGACGUGUAGAGGAGUCGCAUUCUGGUUCUUCUGCUACACCACAUCCUCGAAGUCACACAACCAACCUCUCCCACCCGGCACCUAUGAACCCCUCGAAGGCGAGUCCCCCUUUGCCCAUAACGGUGCGUUCAAGGGAGGGUUUGGGAGUGUGAUGGUGGUGAGGUACAACGACACACCUAUCGGCCCAUACGAUGAGCUGCUUCUGUUGCCUGGCUAUUUCAAACUACCCCACAGCGGAAAGCAAUGGUUGCGUGUUACUCGUAUUUAUGUAUCGACACGCGAAUCUGUCUACAAUGGCCGCAGAAAUUGGAAUAUACCGAAGACACUCGGUGUGUUUGUGUUCAAUCCAGCUCCUCCGCUUUCUUCCAUCCCAUACUCUUCCAUCAAGGUGUUCUCGCCUGACAAUACUGGCAAUCCCUUCUUCUGCGUCAACGUCACGCCAAUGAGUUUCGUCCCUUCUAUUCCGUUUCAGAGCGCUCUCAUACCGCUCAAUAUGAUACUGGUACAGCCUCCUCUUCCCGAAGAUGAGGAUUGGAAGAGAAGCGGUGCUGUUGGAACAAGCCAAUGGAAGGCCGUGACGCCCAAGAUGACUGGGUGGAUCAAGCCCGUCUGGUGUGAAGGUGGGCUUGAAGGCGGAAAAUGGGGUAACGGCGAAGGAUUUGUUGAAGGGUCAGGUCUGUGGAGCUUCGGUACAUGUUGGAAAGAGUUGAUGCUUGAGUUUGGUCCUGAUGAGUUUGUCAACGUGGAGGGAAAGAAAGCGAAGUAG